GCCCACACCAUCGAUCACGGUGAGAAUUCUAUGCUACACAUUUAAAGUUACGAUCACGUCGACGCAGUGAUUGUCGCCGAAGUCAUCAAAAGUGAUAAUAUACGUCAAACAACAAUAACAACGGUUAUAAUUUAAUUGUAUACAAUAUGGAUACCACCAAAUCGGCCAGGAACGUAUACAGCAUCGAUCAAAUUCUCGGAACAACUCAUCGGUCCAAAAACGAAAAUUUGAGUGUUCAUUGCCAAUCGAAAUUGGACGCAUUAUAUGCAGCUAGUGGAACCGAUCCAUCCUUACAUCGGUCCGAAGAACACGAUGACGAUAAACCCCGAAAAGUUCGUCGUAGCAGAACAACAUUUACAACAUAUCAAUUACAUCAAUUAGAAAGAGCUUUUGAAAAGACUCAAUACCCUGAUGUAUUUACUAGAGAAGAACUCGCUUUAAGAUUGGAUCUCAGUGAAGCCAGAGUGCAGGUAUGGUUUCAAAACCGUAGAGCUAAAUGGAGAAAACGAGAAAAAUCAAUGGGCAGAGAAUCCAAUCCAUACAUACCUGACCACACGCUGUUCAGAAACGACUGUUUGUCCGUGGCACCCACGCUAGGAGGUCCGCUACCGUUCCUCACGCCCGAACAGUUCUGGCCGAGCAUCGUGUUCAACCCGGCGGCCGCGUCGGCGUUCCUGCUCGGCUUGCCAUGGCACCAUCAUCACGCUGCCCAGCCGUCGGCCACCGCUGCGGCCGCGUCGUACCAGUCGUCUGUACACAAGGCGCUGUCCGAGCGAAUCAUCACCGCCAACCAGUGGCCGGCCGUCGCGCUACAAACGUUAUCGGUUGAACCGCACAGCCCGUCGUCCGCGGGCACGUCCAGUCCCACGGCGUUGUCGCCCGUCUGCGAGCCGUCGGUAGACGCGGCCACGGUCACCGCGGCCGAAAACCGGUCGUCCUACCUGAACGACGACGACGACGACGACGGUGACGGUGACGAUGACAACGAAGCCGGCAGGUGUUCACCGCCAGUUUUGAUGGAAAACGUUUCCUGUUAAUAUGUUAGGCUACGGCGAUACAUAUAAUAUUAUAUUACCUUGCCUAAUACAUGCAUAUUAUACCAACCGUUUUAAAUAGUUAUUGUUUCACUUCGAACCCCCCCCCCCUCCUCACACAAUCAUCCACCAACUUGA